AUGUCAUUGGUUACUACACCUUUUCAUAAUGCAGGAAUUGAAUUCAAAGCACAGUACCGAUUAGGACAGCCGGAGAAUGAAGGCCAUAUUCGAAGGGUAUAUCCAAAUUUUGUCACAGAUUAUAUGAAAAAUAGUUCACUUAUUAUAGUAUUUACUCAUUCAUAUUAUCACAAAAUGCGCAAAGAUCAUUUAACUACCGAAAUUGGUCGAUCACUUUUCGCCACUGUACACGGUGUACGAUAUAUCGAAUGGACUUUACACGUAAAGAAAAUUGAACGAGAAUUCUCAAUUGAAUUGGUAAGGCACACUAAUGCAAAUAUUAAAGGUGAAUUUCGUAUUCAGUUCAGCGCACAAUCUAAAACUGGCAAGAAAAUUCAAAGCUUCUCGGCUAAAUGGCAUGCUCUGGAACACCGUGUAGAAUACGUUCCAGAAUAUACCGAUAAGUUAACAGAAUUAUAUGAAAAUGACGAAUUCAAUCCAGGUUUACUGAAGAUUGAAGUGAAAGUAGCAUUUGCUUUGGUAGAUUUCUUGUACACAAAACCAGAAAUCGAACCAAAAUUAAAUUUGAUGGAAGAAGAAAAUGAUGAGAGGAUUGCUGCACUUACAUUAGCUAAUGACGAUAGCCAUGAUUCGUAG